CAAGUAUCUGUUUGAAACAUGAAAACAUGAAUCGCUGUAAUACAUACUAUGUGUACGUUCUCUAUGAAUGUAUACAAAAUAAUUUUUCUUAAAUUUUUGCAAUAUUCAUUUUAUAAUAUACGAUGUGUAUUAAUUUGAAAAAAUGAAACAUUUUUGUGUUUUGAUGACAUUAGUCUUUGGAUAUGUUUUGGCAUUACACGAAGAUGACUUAAAAGAUCUCGUAUACCAUACAAACCAUAUGCUCAAUCGUUUAAAUGAAGAACAUUUGCGCCAUUUAAUCACAUUUUACAUAUUGGAUGCUAUGCAUAUUGAGGCGGUGAUUUCGCUUUUGGCCGCGCCAACGUUGGUUUUCAAGGAUGGGAAAGGUGGGAAUUAUCCAGAUGAUCUGGAAACUAAAGAGAGACAUAUACUAGACCGUUUGCAUUAUCAUGCUAAUCACGCACCUGGUGAAGAUAAUAGAAUCACGGAUUACAAUACAUUGGAUAGAAUGGGGAUAGACAGAAGAAAUAGAAUUAAGGGAUCUGUAUUAUUUUUACUCCGGUCAAUCGAAGAUCUAUCCAAUCAUUUUGAUGUUGAGCAGAAAUGUCGUUUAGUAGCGUUGUUUGUAAAUGUAGAAGAUCCAAGCAUACUCAUAUUUCAUAGCUAUUCCAAACCAUUCAAAGGACACGAUUACUGUCGUCUUAAACAUUAUAUAUCUGACGACAAGAAUCAGGUACGGCACACUGAGUACAGAAUGUGGGAGGAUGGCUACUAUGAAGUAAUUGACCAUCAUACAAAAGGGCGCAAACUCAUCCCUAAACGGCACGCUGGAAAAAAGAGUGGCCGCUAAAUUACUUAAAGAGACCUUGCAGAUAUACACAUUUCUUAAAAUUUCUUUAAUAUGCUAUAUACAAUUUACAUAAUAAAUUAUC